GCACUCGUCCCGUUGAGUUACCCCACCAGCCCGUGUCACAUGACGUCAGACCAGGAUCUUCUGUGUCCUGCUGAUCUACAGGUGCCGUUAACGUUUGGAGCGCUGGGUCCUGGAUACUACUGCUACUACCAGGCCGCAGAAGAUGGGGUGCUGCUUUAGUAAGGAGCUCAACCCCGGCCUGCAGAACGAGACGAGCGGCCUGUUACAGCCCCCGCUCCACGAUGGGCUCAGUGAGGUGACAGAGCAGGUCAGGCGACACGCUGUGGAUUUAGCUCAGCAUGUGUGCCUGGACGAGGAAGAGAAGAGGCGCGUGGAAGAUGGAGCAGAGAGGAAGACUCCGGAAGACGAGGAAACAUACGCAGAACUGGACCACAAAGUUUGGACGGACGCGGCCGCGGCCAGCACCGCGCGGAGUGAGAAGGAUCUUAAACCGGCGAGCACUCCCGAGGAGAAGGGGGCUAUUAUUAUCACCAGCAGCACAAACAUACAUACAAACACGGACACAGAGGCCGGCGUGACACACACUGCCAUGCCCAGCUGUGGACCGGCUCCGUAUAUGGAGCUGCCCACACAGAGGCCCAUCAGGCCGAAGCCUUUAGACAAUGCUGCCAUCAGGUCUCAGUGGUUCACUGAGCUCUCAGAUAAGAAGAAGCAGCACAAACCGUCCAGCUGUUGGACGGGACCUGCUGGGUUACCCUCUAGUAACUGUGUGGGCAACGUCACAGUGACUAAGGUGUCAGAGGACCAGCUGCCGCUGCCGCCACCACCGCCGCCGCUGCCGGACAGCGUGAGGGGUUCCCCCAAAGUUGAGCACAAGGAGAGCGAGGAGGUCGGCGUUGUCACGACACUGUGUCAAGGUUUAGAGACGAGGACGCGGAGCUUCUACAGCAUAUGUUCCAUUGACGCGGAUGACCUUGAACAUGACCACGUCAACGGCCAAUCCCAAACAGCUGGAGCGACCCAGUCACUGCACACAGCUGAAGCAGAAACAGCUGCUCUGCCCCGCAUAGCGGAGUCUCCGGUCUGCUGCCAAUCACCCGCGAAAGCAUCCGCCGUCUGUGACCAGUCGCGUGUCACAGAACCUAAAAUCCCCAGCCAGUCACAUGAUGAGGAACCAGCUCCAGCUCCAUCACAUGCUGCUGAACAGCCUGUCACCGUCCUGUCAGAGACACGUUCAGACAGCUCGCCCUCAGCACAGCAGACCCCCCCACCUCAUCCUGCCCUAUCUGCAGAGCCUCCGAGCGAGCCGCCGCCCACGUCCAGCCUUCAGAUAAACAGCGAGGAGCCUCAGGCUGAAGAUGUGAGUUACCAGACAGUCACACACGACACAGAUGAGGCCAAGGGCGACAAGUUGUCGGCGUUACACACAGAUGAAGACGCACAUGUGAUGGGGUCAGAGGAGAUCACAGUCACAGAGGAGUGUGUGUCCUUGGCGGACCACAGAGCAGCAGAGGGACUCUUCAGUUCCACGAAGGAAACGGUGGUCGAAUUCCAGGAUCAGAGCGUGAAUUCAGACUUUAACCCUCUGGACGAUCAUCUGCACCUGUCCAAAGAACAGCACGUCCAACUUUCACAACCAGCAACUGAAAUCCGUGAAGUGGACACUUCCAGCCGGAGCCCCAGUCCUUCAAAGCUCGACGUCAACGUUAAAACUCUGCACGAGGAGGAGGAGGAGGUCGCUCUGCCUCUGUCUGAGCUGAAUGAAUCAUCCCAGCAGAGCGAGGCCAUCCCUGUGAUCACCUGCAGAAGUCACGGUAAGGACGAUGUCGGUCUCAGCAGCACAGCAGAGACGACCCUCACAGAGGUGUCCUCGGUUUCCACCUCCUCAGCUGUGUCAUCGCUGCCCAUUGACCUGACUGUCGUCUCCUGCCACAGAGAUCCGACACUUCUCUCAGCCGUGAAAAACACAUCUCACUGGUGUGACGCCGUCAUCUCUGACAAAUUAGAUGUGAAUUCAAACAAUCCAACAUUUGACCUGAGCAGUGUUCUGCCUCUUAGCCAGGAUGUCAAACCUCUGUUCACUGAAUCUGUUGCCGGGUUUGAUGACGGUGACAAACUCGACGGCCCUGGUGUGAAAGCUGACGGCGUGCUGGUGUCUCUGAAAAACGCCUCAGACGAGCCUUUACAGGACGUCCACACGAGCGGAGAUGAAAGACGGACAGACAAAACACCCAGACCAGAAACGAACAGCCAACGUGUUGAUGUACGUGAGGUCACAGUCGUGUUACCUGAGACGGCUGAAAAUACCUCUCACGUAGAGACAAGUGGUGAAAACUGUGGCAUGUUGUCGGAGCUCUGUGACAACUGCACAGCUGUAAAUACGAGCAUCGCUCCUCACGGCCCCGAGGACCCCGAGAGCAGGAACGAAGAUUCAAGUCUCGGCCCUCUCACACGGCCUCCUGCUGAGAGUGAGCCUUCUGUUACUACUUCCAUCACCUCGCCUUCCUCUUCCUUGUCUCCGUUCACGUCUUCUGACAAAGGCGAGCACAGUUUUUGUCCGCUGACUGAAGACGAUGCUACCAAGGGUGAAAUCCAGCAGGAGUGCGAGGACAGAGAAGAGACAAAAGCUGCACGGGGGACUGAGAUUGAUCUGUGCCUCGCUGUGCCAGUCAACCAUGAAUCUGUAGAACAAGCUCCUCAAACGGCCUCUGAACCUCCAGAUCUGUUCACCUGUGUGUCCUCUGACUCUCUGAACACUAAAGUCGAGAUCAGCCUGCAGCACGACGCUGUGGACUGUUCACCUCAACCCGGAGAGUCACCAAACGAGAGCAGAGUUCACUCAGAGGAAAUGAAUGAGUCGAAGGAGGAGAACUCUGCACUUGAGAGUGAUCUUCCUCCAGGAACUCUCAAUAUUUCAGCCACUGAGGCGCCGUCGCAGAGUGUCGAGGUCCAUGCUGAUACCAGCAUCUGUGACUCGUACUUGAUUCCUAAUGACGCCGGCUGUCCGGAUCACAAAGCCUUGGUUUUGGACCCCGCCGUGAUCUCUGUGGACCCAGGUCAGAUCGACGUUUAUGCCUCAACCCCGUCAUACGAGAUCCACUUCCUGGGUGACGAGCCGCCGGCGACCUCCGAGGAGGGAGAGAGAGAAGGAGGGAUGAGGGAGAUGGUGUCCGAGCUGCUGGGAGAGGACGCAGACUCCUCUGUCUGCCGCCUCUUUCCCCAGCCCUGGAUCAAGCUGGGUCUGGGGGAGAGCUGCGGAGGUUGGGCCCAGGGCGCUUCUGAGGCCGAGCCCAGCAAGGGCGAGAGCGAGAUGGGCGCCGACACAGAGCAGAUCCCAGCGCUGGUCUCGGAGCUCCAGCCCUCUAUGGCUCUGCUGGGAGCUUACCCCUACAGCACUGUGAUGCCUCAGGGAUCCUGCGUGUGGGACUGGCACACAGAUUGCACUCAGCCUGGACCUGUUGGUGCUCCUAGCCUUAACCCUGAUGCUGAGGUAUGGACCAAUCCCAACUUUAACUUGGACAUCACCGGCGCCGCCUACCUGCAGCCUCAGCAGCCAUGGAUUCAGUUCCCCGCCGAUCUGACCAAUCACGAAGGAUACAUGCCAGAGUUUGAGCUGGAGAGCGCGGGCCUGACUGAGGCCAUGGUCGAGGCAGAUCCCGGCGUACUAGAGUACCAGGCGCUGAAGGCCGAAGCUCCUGUAGUUAAUGGAGACUCCGGUGACCCAGGUGUCACAGACGAGAUCAGACAACAGCUGAGGACGGUUUUGGAGUCCUGCCUGGCCAGGGAGCACCUCGGCAACGACCUGUAUCUCAGUUGUCAGAUGGACAACGACCAGUAUGUUUCCAUCCAAACUCUGGCCAGCCUGGACAAGAUCAAGAACAUCAGCACAGACCUGGACCUCAUCGCCGACAUUUUGAAAUCCUUGCCGCUGGUCGAGGUGGCUCCGUGUGGACAGAAGGUCCGGCCCAGUCAGAGUCGAUGUAUCGUCAUCCUGCGUGAGGUCCCCAGCAGCACACCUCGGGAGGACGUGGAGGCCCUGUUCGACGGGGACAACCUGCCCGAGUUCACGAGCUGUGAAUUUGUGAACAACGAUAACUGGUUCAUCACUUUCAAAACGGAAACCGAGGCACAGCAGGCUUACAAGUACCUCCGAGAAGAGGUCCGAGUGUUUCAGGGAAAGCCGAUCAUGGUGAGGAUAAAAGCCAAAACCAUGGCGGCCGCUUCCUACGCUCCAAAGAACGGCUACACACCCGCCCAGCUGGACCAGUGUGGCAACCAUUACAACUCCUACUUCCCCCCGAACACCUACCAGCAGCCCUGCCCCGCCCACAUGCCGGCACAACAGCUGUAUGAUUUCACCAACGAGGCGUGGGCCUCGGCUGUGACAGGAUACCAAGAUUGUGCCGACCAGCCUCCAGCUUUGAUGAACGACUUCAUGAACGGAUUCUCAGCAGCUUCCAACUUCAGGCCUCACAACCCACGCAGGCAGAGGAGAGGCUCGUGGUGGUCUAACUCUGCCGACCGCUGGCAGUCCAAUCACAAUGAUUCCUUGCAGUGGUCAGAAAAAGCUGAGCGUGCGUCUUCUCCAACGAAGCCGGGUCGCGGACGGUCACGUGGCAACAUGCGGCGUCAGGGCAGAGGCGGGAGGACGGAGCCCAACAGGCAAGCCGUGUCGUCCGCUCCUGAACUGGGAAGGAGAGGAAGUGGCCAGAGGAGGAGAGAGAACCCGAGGUCAUGGGACAAGUCUGCUCGAAACAACCAUACUACUCCCCGUCAGCCGUCUCCUCCUCUUGAGUUCGGGCUGACGAGCUUCCCUCCCCUCCCUCCUGCAAACACCGCCAUGGCAACGGUACCUGCAGCUAACGGCAGUGUCAAGAGUGAAGUCCACAGCAGCAGCAGCCCGUCUGCAGCAGAGCCAGCAGAGCCUCAGGAGCCUCAGCCGCUCGCAGAGCAGAAUGUGAAGGAGUGUGCAGAGACGAGCAGCGAGGCCAAACCAGCUCAGCUCACACCGGAACCAGUCACAGAGUCCAAGAGGCUGAGCUACGCCGCGAUCUGCCAGAGAGCAUCGACCAAUGAGCCGCCGCCGCCGCUGCCCGCUGACAGCACCUCCUCGGGGGCCGAGCACAUCCUAACCUACCCGGGCCAAGAGUCCAAACACGCUCUGUUGCCGCGGUGAUCAUGUUGGUUUGGAGAUAAAGACACGUGUUUGUUGUCCAGCUGGUGCCAUGAGCUCAAAAUGUCUGAUUGUUCUGUCCUAAUUCCACGAAGCAGCUGCACAUCAUCUACAGUUACAUUUAGACACAGAGGUGUUACCGUGUGGGGGGUUCUGACUGCUGGCUGGGUCCGGAGGUGACGGGCCGGUGUGGGUCUGGGCUCGCUAACCACUCAGGAUGUUUAAGCAACUUUUGAGUUUUUUUUUUUUUUUUUUUUUUUUUAAAGAGAGGAAGCUGGAAAUACUCUGUAAAUGUUGAUCUGCUGCUUUACGUUUCACGUUUUUAUUUCUUGGUUUGUGGUUCAGAUCAGUUUCUUGAAGGCCAGGUUCCAUUUUGAUUUAGUCUUGUUUUGCUGGUGGCUGAUGUUUGACCCCCCCUCACCCACAUCUGUGUUAUUCUUUGAUCUGCAGAGCCUUCAUCUGUGGGCACACAUGAUGUUCUUCAUAUUAAUCCAGUUUGUUUCUGUUUCAGACGCCUGUAACGAACCUUCAACUUGAAAAGCACUGCAUGAUUUUUUUUUUAAAUUUUCAUUUUAGGAUUUAAUUUAUGUCAUUUUUAUUUAUGUUAUCCUGGGAGUGCUUUGUGUGUUCACGCUUCAGUCUCAUCUGUGUGGACAGAGAAGGGUUUCAGUUGAUGUCCCCUCAGUGUGGCGAGGUCCAAUGUUCAAUGUAGUUUCAAAGAGCCUGAGCUGUGUGAGACCUUGAGGAGUCCGACACUCUUUCUGUUUGAGAUCAAAACAUUUUAAAUGUGAAACGGCUUGUUACGGAAGGUUGUGGCACACGUUACUUUGUCUGUACAGAUGUACAUAUUAUUGAAAUAUUAAAGAAGUGCCUUUGAAGUUAA